AUGCUGGUGCCCCUCCUGGUGACGUUCCGUGUGUGGCGAUUGGCCCUGAUCUCGUCCCUGGUGCUGCUCCUCCCGCUCGCGCUGCUGGUGCGUUCGGUUUGCGUGGCGGUAUUGCCGCAGUGUCUGUCCACGGUUGACGUGAGUUGCACCACUGGCGCUCUGCCUGCUGGAAGUGCCGCCGCACCUCAUGCCGACGUCAAUCAAGAUCCUGAGGUUUGUGCUCAUGCUCCUCGUGCUCCUGAUGCCGGAGGUUAUGCUGCUGCUGCCAGGGACGCCCCUGGUGUCGCUGCGCGUGCUUUGGGCGCUCGUCCUGGGCAUGUGGCUGGCCACCGUUACCUACGUUCGUCUCGGCGGCGCACGCGCUCGGUGAGUGCGUGGUGCCCCCUGGACGCCUACACCACGUGCCUCGAGUCUAGCACCUCCUACUGCCUCGCUUUCGGGGACGGCCACUAG